AUGGCGAUGAUGAUGACUGGCCGUGUGCUGCUGGUGUGUGCCCUCUGCGUGCUGUGGUGCGGUGCGGCCGAUGGAGCUGUUGUUUUUUCUGGUGGGGACGACAGCAUUCUGAAAGAAUUAUUUUUUCCAGUUACGAGAUUGCUGUUAAGACAAGAACAAAGAGCAGCAGAAGCAGCAGCUGACGCACAGGCAGCAGCAGAAACAGCAGCAAAGGCGGCAGCAGCAACAAAAGCAGCAACAGAAGCAACAAAAAGAGCAGCAGAAAAAGCAAAAGAAGCAGAGGCAGCAGCAGAGGCAGCAAAGGCAGCAGCAGAGGCAGCAGCAACGGCAGUAAAGGCAGUAGACGCAGAGGCAAAAGCAAAAGCAGCAGCAGCAGCAACUGAAUCAGCAGCAACAAAAGCAAAAGCAGCAGCAGAAGCAGCAAAGGCAGCGGCAGAGGCUGCAGCAAAGGCAGCAGCAGCAGCAGCAAAGGCAGAAGAAGCAGAAGCAGAAGCAAAGGCAGCAGCAGAGGCUGCAGCAAAGGCAAGAGAAGCGGCAGAAGCAGCAAAGGCAGCAGCAGUGGCAGCAGCAGGGGCAGCAGCAGAAGCAGCAAACGCGGCAACACUAGCAGCAAAAUCAGCAGCAAAAGCAUCAGCAGAAGCAGAAAAAGCAGCAGCACAAGAUGAAACAGAAGAAGCAGCAGCAGAAGCAGCAGCAGCAACACUAGCAGCAACAUCAGCAGCAAAAGAAGCAGCAGAAAAGGCAGCAAAAGCAAAAGCUGCAGCAGAAACAGCUGAAGCAAAAGCAACAGCAGCAGAAAAAGCAGCAGCAGAAAAGGCAAAGGCAGCAGCAAAUAAAGCAGAGACAGCAGCAGAAGCACUGCGAGGUACAACAGUCGGAGAAGAGGAGGUAAAAACAGCAAUACAUAGUCAGGAUAAUUCAGUCGAACACCACUCUGGAGAAAAACAAGAGCUUCUACAAGAAGAAGAACCGGAACGACAAGAAAAAGAACAGCAUGAAAAGCAGCAACACCAACAGCAUGAACAUUCCGCAGGAAAUGGUGAAAAAUCCGCGAAAGACGAAACUGCUAAUGGAACAAAUGCAACCGCAAUUAAGAACGACAGUGACAGCAGCACCGCGGUCUCCCACACCACCUCCCCUCUUUUGCCUCUUCUUCUUGUUGCGUGUGCUGCUGUUACUGCGGUGGUGGCCGCGUGA